AUGUUAGAUUUAAACAAACACAAUAUACCUGGACCUCCAUUCACAAUGUUUUUUGGUACGAUGAAGGAGGUUCUACUUGGAAGAACAUCAGUCGAGAAGUACCUGAGGAAUAUAUACGAUGCUUAUGAGAGACCACCAUUCGUAGGAAUAUUUCACAUAAGGGAACAGAUUUUGAUCAUAAAAGAUCCAGAACAUAUAAAAGAUGUUUUUAUUAAGGAUUCUGCGUUAUUUCCUAACCGAGGUUUAAACAGUUCCCUACAAGAGGAGCCAUUGAAACAGUUCCUUUUUCAUGCGAAUGUACCAGUGGCACAUAUCAUUAGGUCGAAAGUAUCGUCGGCUUUUACACCCAGCAAACUUAAAGAAUUAUGUCAUAUGAUGCUAGAAUCUCUGGAACGCUUGGACAAUUAUCUAGAAGAAUUACUAUCGAAGAAUAAUAACAUAAUAAAUUGUGGCAAUAUAGCGGCAAGAUUAACUGCUGACAUGACCGGCAUUAAUCUUAUGAGUAUUAAUAUGAGGACCUUAACGAGAGAAAAUUAUGAAGAAAAUGAUUUUUUAAAAUAUACUGAUAAUGCUUGUGGCACAUACUGGGGUACGCUAAUAAAAACAGUAAUGAUAGACAUAUGUCCACGAUUGUACAAAUGGAUUGAUUACUUGCUCAGCAGCAAUAGUAAAGUAACACCACCGUUUCUCAAUUUUAUUUCCGAUAUCAUAAAAUAUAGAAAAAAACACGCUAUCGUUAAAGCUGACAUAUUAGGUUUGCUGAUGGAAUUAAAGAAAAAUCCUGGAAAACUCUCCGAGUUCAUUGGCUCAGAUGUAAUGGAUGAGUUUCUGCGUACGCAAAUGUUGGGGUUUCUCUAUGCAGGCUAUGAGACCACUGCAGCGACGAUAUGUAAUACAUUAUAUGAACUAGCUUCUCAUCCAAAUAUUCAAGAUAAAUUACGGAAAAAGAUACUGGACACGUAUGCGAAAAAUAACGGUCAACUACAAUAUGACGAUAUAAACGCAAUAUCUUAUUUAAAUGCAGAUUUUAAAGGUAAACAUAAUAAUAUUUAAA